AUGGAGGAAGAAUAAUAAAUCUUGAAAUAUGGAGAUAAUAUUAUACUUAGAUGCAUAAUAGAUAAUAAGAUAUAUUAUUUACUCGCUAGAAAUGAAUAGUACCUUAUGGAAACAAAGCUGUAAUUAGGUAAUUCUUGCACAUUUAAUAUGUAUAAUUUCCCUUAACAUAUGGUAUUUACUGUAUUCCCAAAACUUUUAUAUGAAGCACAAAAAAAAUAUAAUUCAGAUAAGUCAAUUGGAGCUUCUUUUGAUGUUUAAAAGUAACUUCUAUACACAAGAAUGGAAACAGAAAAAAAAUAUAAUCAAAAUCUGUUGAAACAAACAAGAGGACAAAAAAUAAUGUAUGGUGAUACUAUUAUGCUCUAUUAACCAUUGAGUUAAGUAUUUUUACUAAGAGCAGAGAAUAAUAAUUCAAAUUCAAAUAUCGGAACAAUUUUGAGUUCUUCAAUGUAUUUUACAGUUCAACCUGAUCCUUUGGCAUUAGAUAUAAAAUAAGGAUGUCCAGUACACUCUUUUGAUUAAUUUCUAUUAGUUUAAAGUGAUACAAUUUUAAAAUUUGAUACCUUAUAAGAAAUUUACCGUCUACCUGAAGUAUUAAAAUCAAAUAAUCUUGAUCAUAAUAACGAAUUCUUAACUAUACCAGCAAUGAUUGAAAAUCAAUUCUAAUUUAAAUUUUAUAAGGCUUAAUAUAAACAAUUCAUUACAGAUUCAAAAGAAUCUAUUAGUCAUAAUACUCUUUAAGCAAUUGUAUUGAAAUAAGAUAAAGAUAAACAUCAUUUGUUCUAUGGUUAAUAUGUAAGGAUAGUGCAUAUGUAAUAGAAGAUAAAAAAAGAAAGAUAAGAAUCAAGAAGAAGAUCUAUAAAGGUUGAAGAAGCAUAAGAAAAUUAAAUUAAUAAAGGUUAUUUAACAUCAUCAAUUAAUGCAGUUGGAUGUUAUCCAUCUGUUUAUCUUUAGAUUAAUGAUAUUUAGAAUUCUGAUUUGAUUGAAAAAGCAGCAUCUAUUUUUUAGAUAUUACCAGAAAAUGAUUAAAAGUAUAGUGAUGAAAUCUAAUUAAAUGUUGGUAAUAAGCCAAAUUUGGUUGGGUAUACUACUUUCUUACUUAGACACAUGUUAACAGGAGAAUUUUUAAGAGUCAAUCCUUUUGAUCAUAAAUUAUAAUUAUCUAAAGAAGUUAUUCAUAAAUAUAGAUCAAUUAAUACUACAUCAUCUAAAAAAUUAGAUGCUACUAAAUAAACUGAAUAAAAGUCUACCAUUACAAAAAACUUACCUGGUAUAAAAUUAUAUAGAAAUAUAAUAUCUUAAACAAAUAUCAAUAAUUAAAAUAAUAAUAUUUAAUCUAUAUAAGAUGAGCGUAUUGCAACACAGUAUUAAUAGACAUAAGGAAAUUAAGAAGAACCUGAAUAAGAUUCAUGUUUAUCUGAUCAUCAAUUACUAUUUGUUACUAAAUUGGGCAAUAAUCCUAUUUUCUAUAAAGAUUAAUUACCUUUUACUAAUGAUACAACUUUUAAUAUUGCUACUAAAGAUGGUAAAUGUCCAAUUGAAGUAGAUAAUUAAGAAGAGGGUGGAUAUUAGGUUAAAUUAAUUACAAAAUUAGGAAUGUUUAAUUAAUAUGGUGAAGAUAAUUUAGAGUAAACAUUAUAUAGAUAAUUACAUGAUGAAUGGGUAACUUUGUUUCCUGAUUUAGAUUCUUUUACAAAAAAAAAUAAAUAUUAAUUAACAUAAUAAGAAAAAGAAGUUCUUGAAUUUAUAGAAAAUGAAAAGAAAAGAUAAGCAAAAAAUAAAGUUGAUAUGAGACAUUAUAAAUCUGAUGAUGAAACAUUUAAACCUACAUUUAUUAAUUUGAAUCCUCUAAAUACUAAAUAUUUAGAUGUAUUAGGAAAUGAAGAAUUUUAAGGUUCAAAUUUUAAAUUUGAAGUUGUAGAUUAAAGUGAAAUUGAAGAAUUAAGUGAAGUCUUAGAUUUAAUAUUCCCUCUUACAGUUUUAGCUAAAAACUCUAUUUAAUUAUCAACUUUAAAAUUUAAAUUUAGUAAUCAUAAAUUUAAUGAUUCUAAAGAAUCAAAAGAUCUUGCAUCAUAAUUUCUAAGAUGUUAAGCAUAAACCAUUUAAAAUGUAAAUCAAGCAGUCAAAUCACUUUUCAAAAUUAUGUUAUGGUUAACUGCCUCUCAAGAAGCAUUAGCUUAAGAAAAUUUAAUCUCUGAACCUUUAGCUAGAAGAUAAUGUAUAGCCAGAGAAAUUGGUUGCAUAGACUAUGUAAAUAAAAUAAUCUAUGAAUUAAAUAUCAAUGGAUUAUUAUAUGAAGAUAAAGAUUCUAUUAAAUAAGAUGAGGAAAUGUUUCAAUAGGAUAUUAAUCAAUUAAUUGAUUUACUUUCCUCAUUUUUAUAAUUGGUAUGUAAGAAUUCUAAUGAUAAUUCUUUAUAUGUUGUAUAAUGGUAUUGUCUUUAUAAACAUAUAUUACUUAGAGGAUAAGUAAAUGAUUUGAUGAGACUAGAUAUCUUAAUUACAUAAUUAUUCUAAUAAUCUGAUGUUAUGGUAUCAUUUGAAUUUGAAGUCACUCAAUUAUCUAAGGAAACCAAAUAUACAAAUUAUAACAAACAUGCUUUUAAUUUAUUAAUUGCAUUUUGUCUCUUUACUGAAUUUAGAAAAAAAGAAGGUAUUGAAGGUAUAAUAGAUCAUAUUUUUAAAUUAAAUAAGGAUUCCAUUUUUAGUUAACUUAUAUUUGAUGGUAAUAUCCAAUUAAUUUUAAGAGAAAAAUUAUAGGAUUUUUAAAAGACCAUAAAAUAAUCUAUAGAUUCAAGUAAUCCAGUAUCAAGUCCAAUAAUGAUAGAUGGUUUAAAUUUUGCAAAUAGAUAAGCAUUACAUGAUUAUAUUAUAUCAUGUGUUAGAUUGGCUUCAGAAAUAUCUAAAUCAUCCCCUGCUUUAACAUUAAAGGAAAUUAAAAAUUUAUUCCCUUUUUAUACAGUUGCCAAGAUAAUUUAAGAUAAUAGUAUAUCAUCUUUAACAAAAUCAUACUUUUUAGAAUUAUUCCAAAAUUCAUAUAUGGCUAAACAUUUAAAUCCUUUACCAAGGGCAUAAUUCCCUUAAUAUUUAAAAAUGGUGGUUAAAUAAAACAAAGGAAAAGGAUUCUUAUCACUUUUUAAAAAAGAAGAGUAUGAUAUCAUUUUGUAUAUGUUUGCAUAAAAGAAGAUUGCUGAUGUUUAUUAAAAAGUAGCUAAAAAAUAUUUAGUGGAAAGUGAUACAACAGUUGAUUUUUGGUUAUUUUUAUCUGAAUUUAUUUCAAAUUUUUGGACAAACAAAUCUAUUUAUGAAAUAAAAGGUACUGAUCAUAUUUAUAUCAAAUAAUUGAUUUUAACAUUUACAGAAUUCUUAAAAAAAGGAUUAUUUAUUGAAUAUCUUAGUAAUGCUCAUAAUUUUUAUAAUAUGUAUCAUUAAUUUAUUGAAUUUCUUAAGAAUUCUGUUGUAUCAGCUACUUUAGAGGAGAAAUACAUCAAACAUUAAUUAUAAGAUAAUAAUAAAUCAAAAGAAUAAAAACCUUUAGAAGUGAAGGAUUAUUUAUUUGAAAGCUCAGUAGCAUAAAGGGCAGUAUCUAGAACAACUUAUGCAAAGAGUAUGAUUUGGUUAGAUGAAUUAAUAGAGAUACUAAUUUUAUUAGAAUAAUUUUAGUAAUCUAGAAUGGCAGAUUAAUUUAUUAUAACAGAUGAUAACUAAACAAUGUUUGAUGAUCUAUAAUAUUUGUAGAAAUUUGCAAAAGAUAAAAAGUAUGCAGAUGUAGUUUAGAGAUUGAGAUAAGCAAAAAGAGCAAGUUAUCAUACUAGAGUAUAAUAAUCUUAAAGUUAACUAAAUUAAAAAGAUAUAUUUACAACAUAAGAAUUAACAACAAUAUUAAGAGAAUGUUCUUAUGCACGUAAAACAGUAAUUUUAGAAUAUUUAGGAGGUAUAAAAUAAACAGAUAUAUCAUUGGUGUAUUUUUUAAUUGAAUUACUUACAUUAAAUUAAAUAAGAUUAUCAGCUAAAGUUACUGAAUUAUUAUGGCUUAUUUAUUCAUCAAGAAGUAAUUUUCUUUAAACAUUAAAUUAAACUAUUUUAAUUGAAGCAUUUGAUUAAGGAGAAUUAGAAUUAUAAGUAAAUUAAAAUAUAUUUACAGAUUUUUCUAAUAUUUAUUGGAAAUUACAUUUUGCAAUAAUAGAUUUAAAAGAAUCAUUAGAAAAAGAUUCUAGUAAACAUUAUGAAUCAAUAAAUGAUGCUUUAUCAGAUAUGUUAGUAAUAUUCUUUCCUGAUUAUGCAGCUAAAUCUGAUAUGUAAAUGUUUAUGGAAAUAAAUUAAUUGGAAAAUGAAGAAAAACAUUAUUAAGCAUAAGAAGAAAAGAUGGUUAAAAGCAAAGUAAGAUAAGAAGUUGCUGUUUUAGAAUAAUUUGUAUCAAGAGCAGAACUUGAUUUAAUUGAUGUUUCAGCAUAAAGUCCAAUGAGAGACAAAUAAGAAGAAUAAUUAUAAUCAUUGAAAUCUGCAACUAUGGAUUAAUAAUAAAAAUAUGUAUGGAAAAUCAAUAAUUCAUUAUCAAUUGAUGUAUUGACUAUAUCUUAUAGAUAAAAAUUAUUAAGAUAUUUGGGAUUUCAUGAUUUGAUGUAAAAAUUGAUUGAAAAUUUAAUAUAAGAAACAAGUACACUAUUUAGAGAAAAAGAUGUACUUGUAAGUAAUGCAAAUAAAAAAGGAUGGGAAAUAAAAAGUGAUAUUUUAGAAAAGAGUAUUCUAUUUUUAAUCUAUUUUGUUAUAAGAAAUGAAGAAAAUUAAGAAAUGAUAUUAAAUUUAAGUAAGAAAAAAGAUUCAUUUCUUCAUGAAAUGUCUAAUGUAAAGAGAAAAUAAUUAUAAACAUUAAUUUAUAUAUUAUUUGCUGAACUUUUUAGAGAUAAUUAUAAUAUUUUAUUCUCAUUAGAUAAAUAUAAUGAUGAAAAUUCAAUAUUGGCUAAAUUGUUCUCUAUUUUUGGUAAUAAUUUUGCUAAUAAAAAUUAUGAAGCUGCAAUUUAUUUUCUUUAAUUUUUAUAAAUCUUAUUGAAAGUAAAAGAAAGUGAAGUUGUUUAAAAUAAUUAUGUAAUUGUAUAAUUAUUUUAAUCUACUAAAUAAUUAACUACAUUUGCUAAAGAUAUUGGAACUCUUAUUCAUACUAUUUAUUUAUUUAGAUUAGAAUAAUUCUUUACUGGUAAUCAUGCACCUGCUCCUUAAACAUCUCAUUAUUAAUAAAAACAUACAUAAUUUAAUGGAUUUAUUGAAAUGCCAUUAGAAGUUUUAUUCAUGACAGAAUUAUUAAGAUUAAUGAAAAUAAUUUGUUCCAAAAGAUCAAUUCUUAUUAAUGAAUUUGUCAAUAAAAUAUUACCAGUUACAAGAGUAGCUGAAAUGUUGAAAUAAUUGGAUGAAUGGUAUCCAUUAAAAUCAGAACUUAUACUCUAUUUUUAAAGUGUAUUUUUAGAUAAUUUAUUAUUUUUAACUUUUGAAGAAAAAUAAGAAGUUGUUAAAACUAUUACUGAAGUAAUAUUUAAAUAAAUGACUGUAAGUUUUAUAGAUAAUUAAAAUCUUAAGAAAAUGGCAAAUGCAAAAUUAGUAAAUAGUGUUGUAUUCAAUAUAUUUGGUAUAAGAAAUUAUUAUACAAAUUAAGAAUUUAUUAUGUCAAUAUCACUUGAGAAAGCUAGUUUUAAUUAUUUGAUUUUUGGAGUUUUAGAAGUAACAAUGAAUUUUGUAAAGAAAGUAUUUCCAAAAUAUUUUGAUAGUAAUGAAUAAGAGCAUUUUGAAGAUGUUUAAAAUGAAAUUAUUUUUAUGGCAUAAGCUAUAUCUGAAACAGUUUAAAAAGUUUAAGAGUUUAUUAAUAAUGUUCCUAAUGGUGGUACAGGUGGUAAAAUGAAAAAUUCAAAUUAUAAAAGAAGAAGUGGAUAAAAAACAACUAAAUUAUUUAAUUUAACACAUAAAUUAUUAUCUAGUAAUUAAGAUGAAUAGAAUUAAGAAUUAAGUAUUUUAGCUAAAGAAGAUAAUGAAGUUGAUAAAAUUAAUAUUAUUCUUAUAGUAUAAACAAUAAUAUCUGUUUAGAAAUCAGAAAUUGCAUUUUAAUUAUUAAGAAAUGAUUUACAAUAAGGAGAAUAAGGAAUUUUAGAUAAAUGGACAAAUUCUAUAAAAUCUUAAAGAACAAAAUUAGUAGAUGAACAUCUUGUAGCUUCAGAAAGAGAAAAUGAAAUUUAAUAAUUAGUAAAUUUAAUUAUUACUUUAAAAAGAGAUGAUACAACUAAAUUUAAGAGAAUGGUAACUGCACUUAUUUAAAUGUUAUCUGAAACUUCAGUUUCUCCAUCAAUCAAAUUAAAAUCUAUCAAUAUUGUAAGAAAACUAUCUAAUUAUAAAGAAGAUUUUUAAAUAACUAAGUAAAUUCUUAAAGAUUUAGGAGAACUUGGAUUUACAGAUUUUUUAUGUGAUUUAAUAAAAUAAGAAGUAGAUUCAGAAUAAAAAUUAGAAUAUAUUAAAGCAUUUGUAGAUUAUAUAGAUGAUUCUUCAAGAGAAAUUUAGAAUUCAUUUUUAUUAUAUUUAUAAAGAGAUGUAUAAAAUACAUUUAUAAGAAAUAUGUAAAAUUUUAUAACAGAUAUGUUUUAAGAUGUUAGAAUGGCUGAGAUAUCAAAAAUAGAAAGAAAUAAUAGAAAUAUCAAUAAAAUAUUAAAUAAUAAAAUUAAUGGAUGUAUUUUAAUAUUUGAAAUGUUUCGUUUAGGUUGUGAAGAUCAUUUUAGUGAUAUGUAAAACUUUUUAAGAAUUCAACCUAAUAGUAAAUAACCAAUUAAUUUUAUUAUGUUUACAGCUGAAUUAUUUGACAAAUAUGUUGAAAAAAUGAAUGAACAUAAUGCUGCAUUAGGUUAAAAAAUUCUCGAUUUUCUAAUUGAAUGUGUUUAAGGUCCUUGUUUAGAGAACUAAACAGAAUUAUGUUAAUCUACUAAAAUAUUGGAGGUUCUUGAAUAAAUUAUAUUUCAAUAAAGAGUAGAUAAAGAAAAGUUUUAAAGAAGAGACAUAGUAUUUUCAAGUUUAAGAAGUAAAGUGUUCUUACUUCAAUUAUCUUUAAUGGAAGGUAAUAGUGAUUAAGAAAUUGCAAAUAAGAUAUCUUAAUAUUUCAAUCCUUAAAUUCUUUUUGAAAGAAUAUAAUUAGUUUACUGGAAAAUUAUUAAAAAGAUAAGAAAUACUUAAAUGCAAAUAAAUUUAGAAUUAAAAGUAUUGGAUCGAGUUAAAACAGAGGCAGAAGAUACAGUAAAUUUACAUGGUAUUAUAUAAACUAAGGAUACUAAAGAAACUUUGCCAAAUUAAAAUUUAUUUAUGGAAUUCUUUUCAGAGAAUUUUCAUAAUCCUCGUUCUUAGUCUCAUUUAAGAAAUUCAUAAUAAACUUAAGUAAAUGCUAUUUAAGAAGAAGAGAUGGAAGAAAUGGUUGGUGAAACUUUUAUGAUGUAUUUAUUACUCAAAAAACUCAGUAAUUAUAUUCCUUAAAUCAAAAAUUUAACUGAUGGUGAAAACAAUCCUAAAUUAAGAAGAGCUCUUAAUUAUUAUAAAAAUGAGACUGCAUCUAUUGAAAUUGUUAAUAUGAAUGGAAAAUUAGAGAAAAUAUAUUUUUAAGUACCAACUUUAAUGAAAUAUUUAACAGAGGAAACUAAAAGAUAAUUUAUGGAAGAAGUAGAAAGAGAUUCUAUUAAUGAUAAAAUUAAUGGAUUAUUAGAUAAUAUGGAUAACUUUUAUAUGGAAAUGGUUCAUUUUAUGAAAUUAAGAAAAAUUGGAAUUAGAUUUAAUAAUAAUUUUAUUGUUUAUUUAAGAAAUGUUUGUAUUAUUUUAGCACUCUUAUUGAAUAUUUUAAUUACAAUAAAUGAUACUGAAGAAAAACUUGCAAAUCUUGCUAAAGCUAUAGCUAUAGUAGAUUGUAUUUUGUAUGGAUUAAUUAUGCUCACUUGGGUAUUUAUUAGAAUGUAAUUGGAAUAUGAUAGAAUCUAUAAACAAGUGUCAGAUUUAAUCUAAUUAAAUUAUAAUAAGAAAUCAAAUUAAGGAUAAGCUUAAUAAUUCAAUCCAUAAACAGUUAUAUAUCCUUUUUAAAUUACAUUAUUAUAAGCAUUCUUAAUUACUAAAAGAAUGUUAUUUAGUAGUUAUACUUUUUAUUGGUUUUUAUUACUUGUAAUCAAUUUGUUGGGUCUUUUGUAUAAUAAAUUAUUUUAUGGAUUUCUACUAUUGGAUAUUAUAGAUCAUUCAUAAGUUUUAAGAAAUGUUAUUAAAAGUAUUUCACUCAAUUACAAACAACUCUUAAUGACAGCAUUAUUGGGAGUUUUAAUUAUGUAUUUAAUAUAAAAUAUAUAUUUAGGUAUUUAUAUUCUUUGGUAGCCUAUUAAAGUACUGAUUUUAAAUAAUAAUUAAAAGAAGGUGAUAAUAAUGGAAUAGACGAAGGUUCUGAUUCUUAUGAUUAGACAGUCUGUUAUUCUGCAUUUUAAUGUCUUGUGUUUGUAAUUCACUAAGGUUUACGAGCAGGUGGAGGAAUAGGUGAUGUUCUUGAAGCACCUCCAACACAUUCAAAUUUAAAUUAUUAUUCAUAAAGAGUUCUUUAUGAUGUAAGCUUUUUUAUUCUCAUUAAUAUUAUAUGGUUGAACAUUAUCUUUGGUAUCAUUAUUGAUACCUUUGCUGAAUUGAGAGAUUAAAAGAAUCAAAAAGGUAAUAAUAAUAUAUUAUUAAAGAUUUCGAUUCUCAAAAUAGAUGUUAUAUUUGUGACUUAACAAGAACUAUAUUUGAAAAAGAAGGUAUAUCAUUUGACAAUCAUGUUUAAAAAUAUCAUAACCCUUGGAAUUAUUUGGCUUAUUUAUUAUACUUAAAAGUGAAAUAGAAAACUGAACACACAGGCACAGAAUCAUAUGUCUAUAGUAAAUUCUUACAAAAUGAUAUAAGUUGGCUACCAAUCUAAAAAGCACUUGAUUUAGAAUUAUUGGCAGAGCAAUAGCCCAAAUAAACAAUUGAUAUAAACAUCGAAGAACACAAUUAAAAAUCACUUCAUUGAAUCAAAC